AUGGAACCGGAUUUUCAUAACAACAUGGCUAGUCUUUCUGAUGAUAUGCACCUGGAUUGGCUUAAAAUUCUCGCAUCAGAAAACAUAAAGAGAAUCGAUGAAGCUGUCCAUACUGAUCGUAUUUUUAACACAACUAAUGUUAUUGAAUAUAUAUUUACGAUAUGCGUUCGACUUCGUCUUCCUCAAGAAGUCAAAUAUUCGGCAGCAUUAAUUUUUGAUAAAUUUAUGUUAGAGCAUACACAACAGCUGUAUGAAUUUAUAUAUGAGUCUGAGCGAAGUGUUUCUGAAAAACAUCGAGAAUGGAAUCGAGUUGAAGCGACAUUAUCACGUCAACUUACGCUUCGAAUUUUAUCAGCAAUUCAGAUUGCUUCGAAAUUGCAUAGCUAUCACGAUAGUUUAUCGCGCAAAACUGUUAAACUGUGCUUACAAACACUUGGUUUUGCUUAUACAGAAGAAUCUGUGAUGCGCUCUGAAAUUCGAGUAUUAACUACGAUCAACUGGCAGAUCUCAUAUCAUUGUACCCCCUUGAUUUAUGUAGAAUCAUUGUUGAAAUUAUUAGAAGUUCAUUGGACAACUAAGUUUGAUGUACAGGCAUAUUGGCAGUAUGCACUUUUAAUUAUGGAUUGCGUAUUUCUAUAUUGGGAUGAGAUUUACAAGCGAAUGUUAAUAAAUGUGUUGGGUGAAGUUGGUCAAAAUGUCCAGAGAGAGAGGUUAUGCCGCGUUCAAGCGGACUGGUUAUUACUGGGCAAUGGUAUAAUUGCAACAGCUGCAAAUUGUGUUGAUGGUAUGGAAGCCGCUGAAAAAGUAAUUGUUGAGUUGCAAGCGAUUUCUGGCACGCCUCUUGCUGAUAUUACAGAUGUUUGUGUUGCUAUCACUGAAAGCAUUACUGAGAAACAAAAAAGUCUGAAUAUACAUGACUCCGAUAAUGAUGAGAUUCAUACUGCUUGGCUGAACUCUUAA